AUGUACCUCACCAAAUUCAUCUCAAUCAUUCUCACUGCUACUGGUGCCAUCGUCGCCGCAGCUCCGUUCCAACUGGAGGAACGACAGAGCAGCAUUUGUGCGGAGGCCUUAAGCGAACUUAGCCAAACUGCCGCCUAUUAUGAAAGCGUCGGCGCAAACUUGGAAGGCGUGGCAGCUGCCGGUUUCCAAUCCGACUUGACCAAGUUCAACGAGGCGGCUACUUCAAUAAGCGAGGCCUGCCAAGAUAUGGAUCAGGUUAGUGCAACUGAGGCAUAG